UCUCCUUUCUUGCUUGCCCCCUUUUCGCGAUAUGUAUCUUCCCUUUUCGCUGUUUCAUCGCCCCCCAAUCGAUGUCCUCGCCAGCACGAGACAUCUUUUGAGAAACAGCACAUGCCUAUGAAAUGCUAGCCACCUACUUUCUGAUCAUAAAGAAGCUCGUCCUGUGAGCUAAUGAAGCACUUAGAAAAGGCACUUGUGGCUACUUAUAUAGCAACUAUCACUAAGAUGGGCUACAGCUAUCCCUGCACAUUCAUGGUCGUGGAGGAUGCUUCAGAGGCCUCUAUCUGUGGCACCUUAAGAAGAGUAGAGAGUAGUAGACUUGGAGAAAUGCUUCAGGGGAGACAGAUGAUGGAGAGAUUGCCAACACUGCACCUCGCACUGGUAGCUCUGCUGGGCUUCUGCUGCCUCAUCCAUGCUUCGUCUGCAGCAAUUUCAUUCCCACCUGCCUCAGGGGUGCUGCUGCAGGAGAUUGAUGCCAUCCCAGCUUCCAGUGGAGCAGAUGAUCAGCAGGUGGUCGUCACCGGAGAAGGCAAGACCCGCGGCGUCAGCAGGAGGAUGGGGAUGGAGAUGGAGCUGGAGGACUACCCUGGCUCCGGCGCCAACGGCCGGCACUCACCAUGGUGGCAGGAAAGGAGGAACUGAUCUAAGAUGAGAUGACACAUGGAACAUGGAGCAAUUGAGCAAAGCUGCAUGUGUGUCUAUAAAUGUUGCUUGUACAGUAGGGUGUAUUUCCUCACGCUGUGAUAAAUAUACAGAUUCCUGGUGUAUGAUACAUAUGAGAUCGACGUUUGCUAUUUGCAAGGACAUUAAGAUCGAAAUGAGUGAGCAUCGCGCGUGUGUAGUUUGAUUGUAUAACUUGUUGUAUUGCGAAAUAAUUAUGCCACUAGAAGAAUAUUUUUCAGUGAAGUAAGUAUGAAGCA